AUAACCUUCAUGGUAAGACAUCAUAUGGAAUUAUAUCUGCCAUAUUUCACAACAAUGAAAUACACAAUUACAGUUUACAUAAGUGAUGUUAUCUCUCUGUCUUACAAUACAGGUAGCAGGAUGUAACUGUUCUGAGGCAUGGACUGGAAUGUUCUGUGAAGAGAACUUUAAUGCUUGUGCAGAAAACAAAUGUUAUGACAACAGUUCGUGUGUAGAUAAGAUAGCACCUGAGACAGGAUUCACUUGUGGUUCAUGCCCUGCUCAUCUAACUGGAGAUGGAAUGACAUGCACGGAUAUCGAUGAAUGUUAUCUUAAUAUAUCAACUUGUCAGCAAAUCUGUAAUAAUUAUCUGGGUGGAUACAACUGCAGCUGCAACACAGGCUAUGAAGUGGAUGCAACCAAUAGCUCUCUGUGUGUCGACAUUGAUGAGUGUCUCAAUGGUCACAACCAAUGUGCUAACAAUACCAUCUGUUCAAACAUUCCUGGAAAUUAUACCUGUGAAUGUGCUCCUGGAUAUGAGGGGGAUCCCUUCUUACUCUGUACUGAUAUCAAUGAAUGUGCUGGUAACGCAUCCAACUGUCCCAAUCAAUCAAUCUGUCUCAAUACGGGGGGAAACUUUACAUGCCAGUGUCUGCCGGGAUACGAUGGAGUACACUGUUCAGAUAUAGAUGAAUGCCUGAAUUCUACCUCCUGCCCUUUACUAUCAACCUGUACCAACACCCCUGGUUCAUACAACUGUGAUUGUCUCCAAGGAUAUGGAGGUGAAAACUGUACAGAUAUUGAUGAGUGUUCAACUACAAAUGACUGCAGUUUAUGGGCAAACUGUAUCAACACUGAAGGCUCCUAUAUCUGUACAUGCAGGAAUGGAUACUCUGGCAAUGGGUCUGAAUGUAGUGAUAUCGAUGAGUGUUCUGUAAAUGUCUCUAUUUGUGGAGAAAAUGCAACCUGUAAGAACACAAAUGGUAGCUAUGAAUGCUCUUGCAAUAUUGGAUUCAUCCUUGUAAAUGACACUUGUGUGGAUGAUGUAGAAUGUGACCGUCCAGAGUAUUGCUCAGAACCAGCAAGAGAGUGUAUAAAUACAUUUGGCAGCUUUGAAUGUAUUUGCCUGUCAGGGUACACAGAGGUCAAUAGCAGCUGCAUUGAUAUUAAUGAGUGCAAUAAUUCUUCACUGAAUAACUGCUCAGAUAAUGCCCGAUGCUCUAAUGUGGCCGGAACUUAUCAGUGCUUUUGCUUGGCAAACUAUACCGGUGAUGGUGUCAACUGUACAGUCAUUGAUGAAUGCAAGUUAAAUACAACAUAUUGUGAACAUAACUGCACCAGUUUCCUGGGUGGACACUUUUGCAGUUGCAACGAAGGCUACAAAGUGAAUGAACAGGACAAGUCUAAGUGUGAUGAUAUUGAUGAAUGUACUGUUAAUAUAACUAGUCCAUGUGCUGCAAAUGCCACUUGCACUAACUUACCUGGGAACUACUCCUGUGAUUGUAUGCCUGGAUUUGAAGGUGAUGGCAAGCAUGAAUGUAUUGCAAUCAAAACCACGACUGAAUUUCCAGCGACAACUUCAAAGAGUAAUGAAACAGCAACAUACACUGUAACAACACCAACUGCAAAUGAAACCACUGUCAGUCAGACUAUGAUCACUACUCCUAUAACAGUUACAAACACUAGCAACGUCACUCCUGGUAUAAAUGUUACAAGUCCAACAGCAUCUGUCAAUGAGUCGACCAUCAUCACUCGAGUUCCUAUCACUAACACAAGUAUUGUUGCUCCUGGUACAAAUGCAACAGCCCUUGCUACAAGUCCAACAACAUCGGGUCAGACCACUAUAACCUCUCCCAUUACUAACACCAGUCUGGUUACUUCAGGAGUAAAUGUAACAGUUCAGACUACAAGUCCAACAGUCUCUGGUGGUCAGACCACUAUCACCUCUCCCAUUACUAACACCAGUCUUGUUACUUCAGAAGUAAAUGUAACAGUUCAGACUACAAAUCCAACAACAUCGGGUCAGACCACUAUCACAUCUCCCAUUACUAACACCAGUCUAGUUACUUCAGGAGUAAAUGUAACAGUUCAGUCUACAAGUCCAACAGUCUCUGUCGGUCAGACCACUAUCACCUCUCCCAUUACUAACACCAGCCUUGUUACUUCAGGAGUAAAUGUAACAGUUCAGACUACAAGUCCAACAGUCUCUGGUGGUCAGACCACUAUCACCUCUCCCAUUACUAACACCAGCCUUGUUACUUCAGGAGUAAAUGUAACAGUUCAGACUACAAGUCCAACAACAUUGGGUCAGACCACAAUCACCUCUCCCAUUACUAACACCAGCCUUGUUACUUCAGGAGUAAAUGUAACAGUUCAGACUACAAAUCCAACAACAUCGGGUCAGACCACUAUCACCUCUCCCAUUACUAACACCAGUCUUGUUACCUCAGGAGUAAAUGUAACAGUUCAGACUACAAGUCCAACAGUCACUGUCGGUCAGACCACUAUUACCUCUCCCAUUACUAACACCAGCCUUGUUACUUCAGGAGUAAAUGUAACAGUUCAGACUACAAGUCCAACAGUCACUGUCGGUCAGACCACUAUCACCUCUCCCAUUACUAACACCAGUCUGGUUACUUCAGGAGUAAACGUAACAGUUCAGUCUACAAGUCCAACAGUCUCUGUCGGUCAGACCACUAUCACCUCUCCCAUUACUAACACCAGCCUUGUUACUUCAGGAGUAAAUGUCACAGUUCAGACUACAAAUCCAACAACAUCGGGUCAGACCACUAUCACCUCUCCCAUUACUAACACCAGCCUUGUUACGUCAGGAGUAAAUGAAACAGUUCAGCCUACAAGUCCCGCAGUUUCUGUCGGUCAGACCACUAUCACCUCUCCCAUUACUAACACCAGUCUUGUUACUUCAGGAGUAAAUGUAACAGUUCAGACUACAAGUCCAACAACAUUGGGUCAGACCACAAUCACCUCUCCCAUUACUAACACCAGCCUUGUUACUUCAGGAGUAAAUGUAACAGUUCAGACUACAAAUCCAACAACAUCGGGUCAGACCACUAUCACCUCUUCCAUUACUAACACCAGUCUAGUUACUUCAGGAGUAAACGUAACAGUUCAGUCUACAAGUCCAACAGUCUCUGUCGGUCAGACCACUAUCACCUCUCCCAUUACUAACACCAGCCUUGUUACUUCAGGAGUAAAUGUAACAGUUCAGACUACAAAUCCAACAACAUUGGGUCAGACCACUAUCACCUCUCCCAUUACUAACACCAGCCUUGUCACGUCAGGAGUAAAUGAAACAGUUCAGCCUACAAGUCCCACAGUCUCUGUCGGUCAGACCACUAUCACCUCUCCCAUUACUAACACCAGUCUCGUUACUUCAGGAGUAAAUGUAACAGUUCAGACUACAAGUCCAAUAACAUUGGGUCAGACCACAAUCACCUCUCCCAUUACUAACACCAGCCUUGUUACUUCAGGAGUAAAUGUAACAGUUCAGACUACAAAUCCAACAACAUCGGGUCAGACCACUAUCACCUCUCCCAUUACUAACACCAGUCUUGUUACCUCAGGAGUAAAUGUAACAGUUCAGACUACAAGUCCAACAGUCACUGUCGGUCAGACCACAAUCACCUCUCCCAUUACUAACACCAGUCUUGUUACUUCAGGAGUAAAUGUAACAGUUCAGACUACAAGUCCAACAGUCACUGUCGGUCAGACCACUAUCACCUCUCCCAUUACUAACACCAGUCUUGUUACUUCAGGAGUAAAUGUAACAGUUCAGACUACAAGUCCAACAACGUUGGGUCAGACCACAAUCACCUCUCCCAUUACUAACACCAGCCUUGUUACUUCAGGAGUAAAUGUAACAGUUCAGACUACAAAUCCAACAACAUCGGGUCAGACCACUAUCACCUCUCCCAUUACUAACACCAGUCUUGUUACCUCAGGAGUAAAUGUAACAGUUCAGACUACAAGUCCAACAACAUCGGGUCAGACCACUAUCACCUCUCCCAUUACUAACACCAGUCUUGUUACUUCAGGAGUAAAUGUAACAGUUCAGACUACAAGUCCAACAGUCACUGUCGGUCAGACCACUAUUACCUCUCCCAUUACUAACACCAGCCUUGUUACUUCAGGAGUAAAUGUAACAGUUCAGACUACAAGUCCAACAGUCUCUGUCGGUCAGACCACUAUAACCUCUCCCAUUACUAACACCAGCCUUGUUACUUCCGGAGUCCAAUAG